CAUGUGUCGUCGCUAGGGGACAGCUGUUCGUUUCACUUCACAAUUAAUUUUCAAGAUUUUAAUGAGAUUUGUGCGUUGAAAGCUACAUUUAUACGUCCUAAAUUGAUUAUUUAAAAUGCCCAAGGUGCGGCGCAGUCGAAAACCCCCACCAGAUGGUUGGGAACUGAUCGAACCCACUCUAGAGGAACUGGAGCAAAAAAUGCGCGAAGCCGAAACGGAACCGCAUGAGGGAAAACGCAUAACGGAAUCGUUGUGGCCCAUUUUCAAGAUCCAUCACCAGAAGACUCGUUACAUAUACGAUCUGUUCUACCGCCGAAAGGCCAUUAGCCGGGAACUGUACGACUAUUGUCUCAAGGAGAAGAUCGCCGAUGGCAAUUUGAUCGCCAAGUGGAAGAAGUCCGGGUACGAGAACCUCUGCUGCCUUCGCUGCAUCCAGACGAGAGACACCAAUUUCGGGACGAACUGUAUCUGCCGGGUGCCAAAAUCCAAACUGGAGGAGGGUCGUAUUGUCGAGUGCGUUCACUGCGGAUGUCGCGGUUGUUCCGGAUAGGUCUCUAAAAUGAUUCAAUAUAUUUCCUUUACAUGUCACAUUUCAUCCUCACACAACGUAGUUCAGUAGGUUCCAAUAUAGAUUCCCCCUGGUUUUACCUUAGUAUGUAAAUACAUUUUAUAACAAACCGCGACCACAUUUUAAAUUUAGCAAAACAUUGUAAAGCCGCUGGAAUAAAUCGAUUUUGUAACUGACAAGAUGCCAAAAUGAAUAAUGUCAGAAAUAUCCUCAAAAUAGAGGCCUUGAAAAGUUCAGUAGGUAAUGUUGAAUAUGCUUUAUAUUCAGGUAUAGUUUUAUGUAAGAGGAUCAUUUUUUUUGUAAUCGUAGAAAAAAUAAAUAUUAUUUAAGACAAGCUACAGUGUUUUCAUCCUUGGACAAAAAUCUUCAAGGAUUAGUAGAGAACAUUGGUGUCUCAAACAUGUUAAUUCAAAACUUGAAACAUCCUUAAAUCCCCAGAUUUAUAUUAAUCGUGGUGGAAGUAGCUAAUACAUAAAUUUAUAUUGCUGAAUUUCUUUAUUAGUUAGCCUCGAGCUCAAAAAAGAUAAGUUUGAAUGAUAAACUGAAAAUAAAGCUAAAAUUUCGCAUUUCACUGAAUUACUAAAAUUUGCAAAGUUUGUGUAUCUAGAGGAAGAAAUUGAGAAGAAUUAAUAAGUACAAUAAUAAAAGUGAAUACCAUUUUUUUUAACCAAUUAUACUUA